UAAGCCUUCAUGCCCGGCUACGGGAUUGCGCCUCCUGCCGUCCGAGCCCUGAAGCCGCCUAGAGCCGAGGAGGCUGCCAAGCCGGCGAAAGUGGCGGAGGCGGCGGCAGCAGCGGCUCCUGCAGCGAGCAGCCGGGACUUGGAAGUGCGCGCCGCCGCCGCCGCCUCUCUGCCCGCGGCGGUGCGAGGCGCGCUGGAGCUGGCGGAAGCCCGGCGGCGGCUGUUGGAGGCGGAGGGCCGGCGGCACCUGGUCUCGGAGCUGGAGAGCCGCGUCCAGCACCUGCACCGCGUCUUCAUCGAGGCCGAGCUGCGCAUGGCCACCCGGGCCGAGACUCUGGGCCGCCUGGGCAGCGGCGUGGCUCAGGCCGAGCUUCACCUCACGGCGCACGGGCAGCGCCUGAAGAAGACGGCGCGGCGCUACAAAAAGGCCCGCCCGCCCGCCUUGUUGGCCUCGGCGCUGGCCCUCAGCAGCUGCGUGCCUUGGGCGGCCUGCCGGAUGAGGCGAGGGGGCGGCCCGGAGCCGCCGGAAUCCCCAUUCCGGAGGAGUUUGCCCGGCACGGCGGAACGGAGCGAGACGGAGCCGCGGAAGAGCAGAGCCGGCGCUUCGUGAGCGUCCCCGGGAAGAUUGCAGGCGACAGGGAAAGACUAGAUGACCUCCAAGGUCCCUUCCAGCUCUAUUCUGAUCGUUUGGUUGAUGGACGUAUCGCGCGCCAAACCUGGAACGAUCCCGCUCGGGAAGGGGAAAGGGAGGCUGCUGGAAAUGGGGACUGUGCGGCGGCAGCUGUUCUUCCCUUCGAUGCUCGUGACUCUAACCGCAUUAACCGGUGGCUGCUCGCCUGCCCAUCAUCUUCCGCGGACUGGCUUCUGCCCAGCCUGUUAAGACUUUGCUAAACUCGAGUUUGAUAGAUGCCACAGAUUUAGUUUAUGCUACACAUCAAGCCAACAUAUUAAGCCAGCAUCUAGUAGUUCUUUGGGCAUGGCGUGUUACAUGAAUACCACAAUUGCGUUUUGUUGGCUCACGGUGAAGCGUCUUGUGUGAAUUCAGCAAACGGAUGGGGUUGGAGAAAUGUUUUAUAGCCUAGAGUAAUAUCGGAAAGAGUACAGGGACAUCAAUAAUUUUCACAUUAUCCAUAAAUUAUGGAAUGAAUGAAUCCUGUGUGGAUUUGAAAUUAGCGCCCUGAAAUGAAAUGCAGAGCAUAUAUUUUAGGGUGGUGGUGUGGGAAACCUUCCAAUUAUUUUUCAACAUAAUUCUUUUAAAAUAAUAUUGUGAUUGAAAUUCAAGUUAUAUCUAAAUUUUCUAGGUAGAGGAGAUGCUUGCCAGAUGACAUGAAUUCCAAUGUUCAUCUGCCUAGCUUGAUAUGUUAAAUUAUUUUAACCAUUUUUGCAAUAUUCCGUACUUGAGUUCACAUUUUUAACGCAGAGGAUUGAUGAUGUGCCCAAAAGCAGUAAUCAUUCUUAUUGUUGUUAUUUUAAAAAGCUAGGUCAGUUCAUGUUCACACAAUUGUCAACCUUGUUUUGCAAUUCUACCAACAUACUUAAAAGGAACAAAAGCCCUAAAAUUAGUUCAGGCAUAAACAACAUAUUUUAGUAAAUUGAGAUCUCUCUCUCUCCUCAUCCCUCUCCCCCCCCCCUCACACAAACACCAGUUUUGCAGUUAUCUAGCUGUAGCUUCUGAGAAGCAGAGGUUGGAAACAGCCAGAAGGUGGAUUGUGCACUGACUUGCUUUGAUAAGGUUACCCUAGUUUCUAAUCAGCAGGACAACAAUUGCUUUGCUUUGAUCUGUGUUUCUUAGAAUGCUUUUUAGUCCAUCCUUCUCUGACAGCAUCAGUUCUCUGAAUCCUUAGUCAUCAUGGCCACUGUUGAAGGUUGCUUGACUCAGUGGGAAUCCAGGGAGAAGAAAUACUGAUGGACUUCUAGGUAGCCUGAAAGACCAGAAACAGCUGUAUGUUUCUGCCAGAUUUUUAAAGCAAAGAGUAGCUUUAAAUGCCUUCAGGCCCUUAUGUGCUGAUAGACAGUCAUAGGAUUCUUUUUGACAUAAAUGAAAAAUGUAUGUGCAUGGGCAGAAUUAAGUGAUUAGGACUGUUUUUUUUUACACUUUCAAUACAAGUUUCUUGGUCUUUUGAAUUCAUGCAGUGUGUUAAUCUGAAACACAAUAUGCAGAAAAUGUUGCAACAUUGGUCUUUUAUUUAGCAGGCUUGAGGGGAGGGGUGUAGGG